AUGGAGAACGAACUUUCCAGCUCCGGCGGCUCCUCCUUGGAGUACCUCAAUGGUCAAUGGGAAUCCUUGUACCCUGACAACAUCAAGAUUCGAGACGACGACGAGAAAUUCCCAGACGACAUUGCUAAUCUCAUUGAUCAGAUGCACAAGGACCGAAACGCUCCGGGACCAGUGCUAGACAACAGUGGACCUAGUCCCCAACCCGACAACGAGCUUGGUGAGCAAUCACCCGAGACUAGUCAUAACCUCACUGUUCAGAUACACUACAUCAACGAUUAUCUGCUUCCCAGUCUAGGCCUAGUAGGACAUGUUGAUCUUACUCCACGGGUCCCAACACCCGAGAAAUCUGCACUGAUCUCUGCUUCAGGCAAGGUCCCCGCACGUAUCCCCGAUCUGCUCUGCGGGUAUAAGUUCGAGCCCGAAUUAUCCCAGCAACGAACCCCGGUCUUGUCUACGGGGAUCGAACUUCUCGCCAACCACAUGUUGCUGCACUGCCCGUUCCUCGUCAUCAGGUUCAUGGAUGAGAUAUGCUCUGAAAUCGAGUGCACUCACUCUCAGGAUGUAGCAGGCAAGUGCGCCAGUGAUUCGACAGUCUGUAUCGAACUUACCGAGCGCCUCAAUCGCGGAAAUCAGGAGGACCAAUCCCCUCUGAUCAACAGAGUUGCUUUUAGCAUUGCUAUGAGCGCCACGCGGGCCAAGAUCUCCAUCACGUGGAAGCACGAUGAUGAGUAUUCGGUAUGCAACAUCGGCACCUUUAUGCUUUACAAUCCUCAGCAAUACCAGGGCUUCUGCAAGUAUUCUCGUAAUAUCAUGGACUGGGGCAUGGGUGAGCGACUGAAGGAGAUUCAGGAGUCUGUUGGCUUUCUGCAGAACGUCGGGUUUCACCAGGACACUGUCGAGUGA